GGCGCAGAUGGCGGCGGCGCACGGCGCCUGAGCGGGCUGGGGCCAUGAGCGCCGCCCGGCCCCAGUUCAGCAUUGAUGAUGCCUUCGAGCUGUCCCUGGAGGACGCGGGCCCUGGGCCCGAGUCCAGCGGGGUCGCGCGCUUUGGGCCGCUGCACUUCGAGCGUCGGGCCCGGUUCGAGGUGGCUGACGAGGACAAGCAGUCCCGGCUGCGCUACCAGAACCUGGAGAACGAUGAGGAUGGAGCCCAGAUCUCUCCGGAGCCGGAUGGGGGAGUCAGCACCAGGGAUUCCGGCCGAACUUCCAUCCGCAGCUCCCAGUGGUCCUUUAGCACCAUCAGCAGCGGCACCCAGCGCUCCUACAACACCUGCUGCAGGUGAGCCUGCCCACCUGAGCCCCCAGCCAAGCAGCCCUGGCUCUACCCCUGCAGCCUCCUGCACCCCCUCCCUCCACCUCCUUCACAUUCACCCUGCUCUCCUGCCACCCAGCUGGACCCAACACCCUUUGAUCCAGAAGAACCGUCGAGUGGUGCUGGCCUCCUUCCUGCUCCUGCUGCUGGGGCUGGUGCUGAUCCUGGUCGGCGUGGGACUGGAGGCGACCCCCUCUCCAGGUGUCUCCAGCGCCAUCUUCUUCGUGCCGGGCUUCCUGUUGUUGGUGCCUGGAGUCUAUCACGUGAUCUUCAUCUACUGCGCGGUCAAGGGCCACCGGGGCUUCCAGUUCUUCUACCUGCCCUACUUCGAGAAGUGACCGCGGCGCAGCGUGGACUCCUUGCAUCCACGUGGGCGUCUCUCUGACCCACGCCCUGUUCCGUUCCCCUCAUCUCAAGGGAAGAGGCCCUCCAGGGCCCUCGAAACCCCAGCCCCUAGGGAGUUUGCUCAGGAAGUUUGGGGAAUGCAGGCCUGGCCCUGGGAAAGCCGCCCCUCGCCUGCUCUGUGCCUUAACUUAUUCUCGGGCCGUGCGGCUGCUAGGUUGCUAUUAUUUUGUGCUAAUAAAAGAGUAGUUAAUUCCACC